AUGGGCGUGGAGAAGCUCAACAUCCCGGCCUUCAAUGCCGGCUCCGAAGGGGGUGCAGACGCUCAAAGUGUACGGCGGAAGAUGCCGACAAUCGCAGAACAACAAUUUGAUCAGUCAACAGGCAACGGCUUUGCGGCUAAGCUUGCAGCCGCUGGCACCAGGUCGCUAGCCAAGCCAAUGAAGACUGAGACGAACUUUUGGACUUCAAGCUUCAAGGAGCAUCUGAUCCACGAAGGACUCAAGGAUGUCCAGUAG